AUGCAGUCUGCAUUCCAGGCAGUAUCGACCAGGCCUACAGUCGCUGGGCCCAAUGGGAAGGCGACCUAUCACACCGUGACUGCGCUCAAGCGGUGGUCAUGCGACGAUAAAGAUCUGCCUGCCGUGUCCGACAUCAAGGCUAUCCACAUCUACGACUUUGACAACACGCUAUUUGCAAGUCCCCUCCCCAACAAGCAGCUAUGGAACAGCUCAACGAUUGGCCAGCUUGGUUCUCCAGACAUGUUCCUGAAUGGAGGCUGGUGGCACGACUCGAACAUCCUCGCGGCGACAGGCGAAGGUCUGGAGAAAGAAGAGAUGCGUGGUUGGGGUGGCUGGUGGAACGAACUCAUCGUCACUCUCGUCGAGCAAUCGAUGCUACAGAAGGAUGCGCUUACCGUACUCCUCACCGGCCGCGGCGAGUCCAAUUUCUCCGACCUUAUCAAGCGAAUCGCGCGGAGCAGGAAGCUUGACUUCGAUAUGGUUUGCCUGAAGCCGGCGAUUGGUCCUGCUGGGCAAAAAUUCAGAAGCACCAUGGAGUUUAAGCAAGAACUGCUAAAGGACAUCGUGUACACGUACAAGGACGCAGAGGAGAUUCGUGUCUACGAGGAUCGUGUCAAGCACACCAAGGGCUUCCGCGACUUUUUCUUUCAGUUCAACAAGGAUCUGAUGGCAGCCGGACAAAAUCAAUCCUCGCGCAGACCCAUCGUUGCCGAAGUCAUACAGGUCGCUGAGAACGCUACACAGCUCGAUCCCGUCGCAGAGAUUGCUGGGAUUCAGAAGAUGAUCAACGCGCACAACAAUCGAGUCAAAUCUGGCAACGCUCCAUCUGGCACCCCACCUUAUCAGAUCAAGAAGACCGUCUUCUACACCGGCUACAUGGUUCCCGCAAACAUGACAGAAAAGCUUACCUCACUUGUCAAAUUGCCCCAAGGUGCCGACAGGAGCGAUAUUAGGUAUCUCGCAAACAGCAUACUGAUCACGCCGAAACCGUGUCCAAAGAGCAUAUUGGACAAAGUUGGUGGCAUAGGCGCUAAGCUUCAAUGGAAGGUGACAGGCAUCUCAUGCUUUGAAAACAAGUUGUGGGCAGCGCGAGUCGAGCCAGUGCCCAAGACUGCCAAGUACUACUCCGAGAACCCUACUCCAACUGUUGUGUUGGCGAUUCGUAAAAACGGACGCCCAGCGGAUGCAGCGCGUAUCGUCAACUGGCAUCCCGUACCCGACGACCAAGCCUACACGUUUGAAAGCGUUGUAGGCGAAAAGCAAAUGCUGCGUAUCGAAGAAGAGACGGCCAACGAGAGCGAGUAUGAGAGCUAUUUCCCUAACAAAUCGCAUCGCCAGCGCUCGGAAGAGCCAAACCGGCGACAGAACGACCACCGUCCACAUAAUCCACGAGCCAGGGAUGAUCAUCGUCCAACGGGCUACCGUGGAGGCAACCAAAACCGUGGCCGUGGAAACCACAGGAACAUGUCGCAUGGAAGAGGAGGGAACCGUGGUGGCUACCGUGGAGAUCGUGGCGGUCAUGGUCGUGGCCGCGGGCGUGGCGGAGGCCAGUCGCAGUACAGAAGCCUGGACGAUGUCGAUCGAGGCUACGGACAGCAAGGCCACGAUAACAACCCUGACGCGUUCUACUAG